AGCUCGGAGCUGUCAGUCAUCUGAGGAGCUGAGGACUUCUGAACGCAUCCUUUAUCAGUAUAUUAAAAAUUUGGACAUCUAAGAAUCACACAUCAUCUCAGUCUAAAGAAAACUGGUGAUGACAGCAAAAGUGGGUGAAAACUGAUGACCAAAAAUGCCAACUCGAAUUAGUUCUGUAAAGAUGGGAUUUUACGUAACAUUGAGCAGGAUCACCAGUUGCUUCAACCAAAGAGCAACUUGAACAGGAAUUAUCUUUGAAUCUGGUGCCCUAAAUCUGUUGGACAACUAAAUAUUGUUGCUUCGCAGUGCUGGAUGCCUAGAAUAGGCGAAGAGAAGACAGAGAAUGGCGGAGAUUUGUACAGAGCAAUCCUACCCAUCCAGACACAGGCUUUCGGUCCGAGCCUCUGAAGAAGAACUGGACCAGACUAAAAAUGGUGCAAGCAGGGCACAUUCUCUAUGUGAGGACCAGUCCUCUGACAUGCAGGGGAUCAUUUCUUCUACAACCAGCCAGUUUCAGGAAUCCAGGAGAAGCUCUUUCACAGGUGCUGGGGCUAUGGCAAGAAAAGCCAAUCACUGGCCUCUGGCAGCUUACAAUAUGAACAACUGCAACAACACAGAUGACAAAAAGGAGGAUAAAAAGGAAGAAAUAAAAAAAGAUGAGAAAAAAGAUGAAGACAAGAAGGAAGAGAGAAAAGAUGAAAAAGACGAGAAAAAAGAUGAGAAAAAGGAUGAGAAAAAAGAUGAAAAGAAGGAUGAUAAGAAAGAUGAUAAAAAGAAAGAUGCUCCUCCUCCUCCGAAAGAAGUGUGGAUCAUGGACCCAGCCUCAGACAAGUAUUACAGAUGGCUUUCAGUCAUAGCAGCCCCAGUGUUUUACAACCUGAUGAUGCUGGUGACAAGGGCCUGUUUCAAUGAGCUUCAGAACUCUUACACAAUGCUUUGGAUCAUCAUGGACUAUACCUCAGAUGUAAUCUAUUAUGCAGACACGUUUGUCAGAUCAAGAACAGGCUUCUUGGAGCAGGGUCUCCUUGUCAAAGACUCUAAGAAGUUGAUGGAUCAUUACAGGAGAAUCCCACAGUUUAAAUACGACAUGAUUUCAAUGAUCCCAACGGAUUUAAUAAUGCUCAAAGUGGGCUUCAACAACCCCGAACUUCGCUUCAACCGCCUUUUCAAAAUGGCACGUCUCUUCGAGUUCUUCGACCGCACAGAAACCCGAACAAACUACCCGAACAUUUUUCGCAUCAGCAACCUCGUACUUUACAUCCUGAUUAUUAUUCACUGGAAUGCUUGCAUUUUCUUUGCUAUUUCCAAAACGAUUGGCUUUGGGACUGACACAUGGGUAUAUCCAAACAUCAGCCAUCCAGAAUAUGGCCGCUUGGCUAGAAAAUACAUCUACUGUCUGUACUGGUCCACUCUUACUCUCACCACCAUCGGAGAAACGCCACCUCCUGUUAGAGACAUCGAAUACUUGUUUGUCGUUAUGGACUUCCUCAUCGGAGUGUUGAUUUUCGCUACCAUCGUCGGUAACGUCGGUGCCAUGAUCUCCAACAUGAAUGCUUCUCGUGCUGAAUUUCAGGCCAAGAUCGACUCCAUCAAGCAGUACAUGCAGUUCCGUAAGGUCAGCAAAGACCUGGAGGCCAGGGUCAUCAAAUGGUUUGACUACCUUUGGACGGAGAAGAAAACUUGCGAUGAGAAGGAAGUCCUGAAGAACCUUCCAGACAAGCUCAAAGCUGAAAUAGCCAUCAAUGUCCAUUUAGAUACACUGAAGAAGGUGCGAAUCUUCCAGGAUUGUGAAGCUGGACUUCUCAUCGAGUUGGUGUUGAAGCUGCAGCCUCAGGUGUUCAGUCCUGGAGAUUAUAUAUGUAAAAAGGGUGACAUUGGUCGGGAAAUGUACAUCAUCAAAGAAGGAAAGCUUGCCGUAGUGGCCGAUGAUGGCGUCACGCAGUUUGUGGUGCUCAGUGACGGCGCUUACUUUGGAGAGAUCAGUAUUCUGGGAAUCAAAGGCAGUAAAGCUGGAAACAGAAGAACGGCGAACAUUCGUAGCGUGGGCUAUUCGGACCUCUUUGCGCUGUCUAAAGACGACCUUGUGGAAGCGCUUACUGAAUACCCAGAUGCCAAAAAAGCCCUGGAGGAGAAAGGAAAGGCCAUCUUAAGGAAGGACAACCUUCUUGAUGAGGCGGUUGCAAGCGCCGGUGCUGAUCCCAAAGAUCUGGAUGAGAAGAUUCACCGCCUAGAGAACAACCUUGAAGUCAUGACUGGCAAGUUUGCCAAGCUUAUGGGAGAAUACACAUCCUACCAGAGCAAGAUGAAACAGAGGAUCACCAACAUGGAGAACAAAGUGAAAACACUACGGGUGGAAGAUCUGUCUGAGGUUGUUGAGGACAAAAAAGAAGAAGAGAAGAAGACAAAAUAGUCAACAGCAUAGACAUUGGGGUUAAUGGGGUUUCCUAUCCAUGGACAUAGUACAUUACUUUGAAACUGUUUAUACUUAUAAGUUUUACAUGACAAUGUUGUACUAAUUGCCAUAUAUAUGUGUUGAAACGUAACGCUGAUGACGUUGUAUUUAUUCAAUAUGUGCAGUAAGAACAGCUCAGAUGACAGAAUUGAGGAGAGAGAUACACUACCAUUCAAAAGUUUGGGGUUUUAAAAUGAUUAAGUAUUU